CCCAGUCGGUGGGCCUUCAUUAGCUCGUCCUCGUCGUCGGGUGUGUGUCAGUGUGGCAUGCCUCGUCGGGUGCGCGCUCGGAGCACGAGCGGCGAGCAACGAACAGCGAACAACGAGCACUGUGUGUCCUCGUCGGAGGCGAAGGUUGAAACGAAGCGGAGCUGGCAGACGACAUUGAGGAUGUGUAUAAAAGGAGGAGCCGCAGUGCAGCCAGCAAUAGUCUUCGCCAGAACUCACGGGACGCGACAAACCUCUAGAGAAGCCUGCUCCAAAGAAAGCAUCUCCCCAAAAGCAGCCAAGAAGCAGCUAAGAAGCAGCUCCCUGCUCCGCCAGAACUCGAUUUAUUCAAAAGUGAAAUAAACCAGUGAAAAACCAGUGAAGAAACCCCUAAGAAAAGAGACAAAAACUCAAAGAAAAAUGGAUACCCAUUCUCCCAAAAACGGCUCCAAGUCGAGCUCCAGCGGCAGCUCGGCGGCCAGCUCCUCGAUGGAUCUGGGCAGCGGCAAGCAGCGCCACCAGCGCGGCCAGAAGAAGCUCUCCCGCAGCAGGAGUCUGCUGCAGUUGCUCAGCAGGCACCUGGGCAAGCAUUUCCACCACCACUCGCACCAUCCGCAGCACGAGACGGUCUACAGCAGCCAGGACGACAUCCGCAGCAGCUCCACGGACUCCUUCAGCCUGAGCUACGAGCGCGGCUCCCACGAGUGCAGCGGCGGCAUGUCCACGAAUCUGAAUAUGAACAUGAACAUGAACAUGAACGGGGGCUCCAGCCAGGACCUGGAUCAGGAUCAUGAUCAGGAGCACACCUCGAGGGCCUCUCCGGUGUCGGGAUACUCGCGGUACUCGCCCACGGGCCUCGACUACUACGACAACCAGGGGCACAUCUACGUGGAAGCCGUCUUCCGACCGGGCAGCGCCCUGGAGCAGCUGCAUCCCCAGAUGCAUCCCCACUACGACGAGGACUGCAGCGAGGGCAGCAACAGCAGCAGCAGCAGCAACGAGGGAGAGGGCGAUGGCGACAACGACAACGACAACGACGGCGACAAUGAGCGCGAGGAUGAGAACGAGAACGAUAAUGAGAACGAUAAUGAGAAUGAGAGCAGGAAGCCGAGAUCCGCUUCGGCGGCAUCCGCUUCCGCUUCCAAAUCGCACGGACUCCAUCUCAGCCGGAUCUCGAUUUCGUCGUCGGUCAGCCGGAUGCUCCAGCACUUCUCCAGCUCGGCGGCCACCACCGCCAACGCCUCGCUGCGCUCCCUCUCCUGCAGCAGCACGCCCCUGCACCGACAGCUGAAGAAGAAGUCCCUGUCGCCCCACAACUCCAACAGCAGCAGCAGCAGCAGCAGCCACUCCAGCAACAGCCACAGCAACAGCAACUCCAGCUCCAAGUCGAACUCCGGCUCCGGCUCCGGCUCUGGCUCUGGCUCCUCCUCGAAGAAGGACAAGAAGCAGCAGAGCAUCCUGCGGCCACCAGUGCAGUAUGUCCACAUGAAGGGCAUGUCGGGGCUCUACUCGAGGGUUCCCAGCUAUGCGGUCUGCUGUCCCUACACCCUCCAUCACAUGUACUAAGAGAACCACACGAACUGGGAGAAGUGACCAGUGGAUGAAGCUGCAAGGAGUGGAAACGGGACUGGAUCUGGACCUGGGGAGAGAUACUUUAGCUCUCUUCGGAUCCAAGUGAUGUACGAGUAGUGCCUAAAAGCCUAAAGCCCAAAGCCCAAAGCCUAAAGCCUAAAGCAAGGAAUUGGAAGGAUUGCAAACACGAAACGUGACGGGGAUUCUUCAGAGAUUCGUCGGGGAGCAGCAGAGAGCAUAUUUUAUAAAUGUGUGAAAGCUGAGUCCGCGGAGGACUAUCCUCUGCGGAUUGGGCCCAUAAGUGUACCUAAUUCUAUAUACCCCCCUCCCUCCCAGAAAUCAGAACAUAUGUCUAUCUGCGCGUACGAGUACGAGUGCUAUAUGUAUGGUAUAUAUGGUAGUAUAUAUGUAUUUUACCCUAGACGAUCUAAUUGUCUUCGGCCUGUACUGUAGGGACUUUCAGUUUACAAACUAAACGGAAACAAAAAACACCUAGUUUUAGCCUAAAGAAAACGUUAUUUAGAUUAUCAUUAUGAUUGCAUUACCUAUUACACCCCGCACAUAUCUUCCGACAAGUAAUCCUAACGUUAGACUCGAUUUUUCGAGGCACAUUUAGUUGUUCCACAAAAGGAAAUGAAAAAAACCAAAAAACCAAAAAAGAAAAACCAAGAGAUUUUGCACUUUUGAAAUAAUAGUUUUCCCUAUACUUUGCACUUAUUUUCGAUUCGAUUAAACUCUUCAAAUUGACGAAUUUAUACAAGGAAAAA